AUGGUGGAGCGUCGCCAGCGCGACACCAAAGAGGAGCUGUUGCAAGCUUCCAUCGCAGGACGUUCUGAUGUUUGUCAGGGCAUCCUGGUGCAACAGCCAAGCCUGCUGGAGGCUUGUGACAGACUGGGGCGAACACCCCUCAUUCUCGCGGCAAUGAACGGCCAUCCAGAG